AUGCUACCACAAGUCUUACCUUUUCUACUUUUGAUCUCGUCAGUCUUGGGCUUUAGAGCUGUUCCAGUUCUUUAUGGUUCUCAUAGUGUUGUUCCUGGCCUCAGAGAGGAGGUCAAGCAUCCAUUCAUUCAGAAACAGGACCCACAGAGCGUCACCAAUAUGCUUAAGAAAGCCAUCACAGAGUGUUCUUCAGAUGCUUACCUCAUCAUCAACAUUCCAGGUCUCGAGAAUAUCGAUAUGAUCGAUAGAAAGCAGGAGCUCUGGCGUAACUUGGUCAAGUACAUGCAUAUGCUGAGCACCUUGAUUGGAAUGCCAUGGGUAGAAGGUACGCUUGACCUUCUGUUCUUAGAAGCAUAUAUUACGAGGACGUGUUCUGCUGAAACUAUCUCGAUGGCCGAGGAUGAAGAUGUGUUUGCAGAGUAUAUUGACACCAGAAAGAGAAUCAUCAGGAUUGAAUUUAAUCCUCUUCCUCCACCAGGACCUGAGCGUGACUUGGCUAUUCGUGCUAACGAUGAGUUGAUCGACAAAGUGCUAAAGAGAAUUCCUUCUCCACAUUAUUCCUUCUUGAUCACUUCCAGUACCUCUAGUACAUUGCAUCCUAUUCCAGAAGUGGCUCUUGAGAAUAGUCCGCAGGGCUUCGAGCUCUUCUACCGCAUCGUCAAUGACCCACGCCGUGAAGAAGAGAUUGAAAGACACGUCAGGUUGAAGGGAUUGAGCAAGCCUACUUGGAACGAAGACAAGGAUCCAUUGUCGCUUUAUUUGGAGAGAAGAAAGAAGGACCAGAUCCAUUUAUUUGAUUACGAGCUUUGGAGCAAAAAUGAAAAGCUAGUGACUACCAUAGCAGCGAUGGUGAUUUCUUUAUUUGCUAUCAAGACACUUGGAGUUGCCAAGAAGCUCUUUGGAAGAAGGAAAGCCAAGCUGAGUUAG